UUUCGAAGUUUGGAUAAUCGAAGAUUUGAGUGUUAAUGUUUAUCGUCGGAAUUCAAAAACAAAAUUAAAAAAAAAAUCAUUUUUAAUUAUAAUUAUUGUUAUAAACGUUAGGAUAUAUGCGAAAAAUCAUAAGUUUACGCAUUGUUUUUUUAAUGUUGUUUCAAAAGUUAAUUGUGAAUUGAAACUCCUCAAAACAGGCAGUUUUUAAAGUUAGUCAUCUUCGUUCCGAAAAAAUGGCAGGGUUUUCCUACGGUUUGAUACGAGACAUGAAAAAGUCGGUGAACCAGCUUAUAUGUACAGAGCUAGCGGUGGUGAUGAAAGAUAUUUAUCCUAAAGCCAAAUUUCACUACCUGGUUCUCCCUUGGGAGGACAUUGAUACGGUUUACCAGCUUUCUUUGGAAAACUUACCGCUGUUGCACGAGAUGCAUUUUUUGGGAUCAACCGUGAUACAGAAAUUUGGUGUCCAACAAGGUAUGAAGGAGGACUGUUUCCAAAUGGGAUUUCAUAUGAAGCCUAGUAUGCACAGGUUACACCUGCACUGUAUCUCAACUGAUUUUGUUUCCGAGAGUCUAAAGUACAAAGAACAUUGGAAUAGUUUCGUCACAGAUUUUUUUAUGCCAUUUGAAAGUAUUGUGCAGGAGCUGCAAGAAAAGGGUCGAAUUGAAAAACGUCCUGAGCAGUAUGUCAUCGACUUGCUGAAAACGCCAUUGGUUUGCAACCAGUGUAAUUACCACCCGAAAAAUUUUCCGGAUUUGAAACGUCACUUAGCUAACCAUUUGUCCAGUACCGGAAGUGGGACCGAAGCCAUCAAUUAGUGAUCGUAUCGAACAAACAAUAGGAAAACUCUAUGGAGUGAAGAAACAUGGCUGACUGUACGAGAGAUUUGAGGCCGAUGCGGACACGUGGCAGGUCCACCAGGCACGGGGAUAAUCUUUCGCUGGCAAGUUUGCUGUAUCUGCUUUGAUCGAGGCUAAUAACUAUGUUGAAGUCAAAGCCCCUCAAAUAUAGCAGAAUACUGGAUUUA